CCGAAACAGAUUAUUAGUAUAUACCAUCUGUACAAAAUGUAUUAGUAUAAGCCAUCAAACUAUCUGAUAAAAACUAAACAUUAAAUUUAGCAGCAAUGGAGAUUAUCAUUAUAGACUUUCGUCUUUAUCUAACGUUUAAAAAUGUGUAUGUGAUUCAUGUUUGUGAUUUCUUCUGCUUUGUGUAGUAUAACCUUAAAAUAACUUCAGUUUAUAUGCCUUUUGUGAUUUAAUCAUUUUGGAGACAAAAUGACCAAAUAGAGAGUAAUUUUGGUUUCAGAUCUUGUUGGUUAUGACGAUGCAUGCUUAACCUGCCUUUAGGGCAUCGGGGAAUUAGACACAUCGCGUCGCUAGAUCACUUAGGGGCCAGCAGAGGUCCGCCCACCCUUUACGUGCGGCAAAGGUCGAGACAUGUGUCCUACGUCGAGUGCGCUAGCGGGUGGUUCAACCCCUAAGUAUAGAGUCGCCCCUCGCCGCCUGUAACUCGCGUGCGGCUCGCUAAACAUGGCCGCUGUGUACUUGAUGAUGUAUGACGCGGACAGAAAUCUUCGCAGAAACAGAAUAUUUCGCGAUUAAAGUAAUCCCAUUGAUUCAUGGGAUGAUAUCAACGAUUAAUAUUUUGAUGUAAUGACAUCCUGGAGAUUGUCGAUGACAUACAAGCGGACUUAGUCAUUACAAAUCGGCGGCGCAAUGCCACAGCUACAUUGCAAGUGUGUCUUGCACUUCGUUUUUAUGCAACGGGCGCCUUUCAGAAUGUGUGUGUGGUGUGUGUUAUCUAUGUGUGUGUAGUGUGUGUGUGUGUUAUGUGUGUGUGUGGUCUGUGUGUGGCCUAUUUCAGCUGAAUGGUAACGGUACAAAUAAACAAAGGUAUGCAGUACCAAUGUUGUCAUUUUAUCUACAGACUAAGGACUUCAUACGUUGUAUUUACGAGCGUUUCCAACAAACACUCUGUUCUUUUCAGUCAGUUUAAGACACAUGCUAGUCACUGUCAUCGACACUGAUCUUGUUGCCUUCUCAAAUACUUUUUGCCAAAAAAAAAUACCAAACAAACAAAACACUAAAAAUCACGGAAACAUAUCAAAUUGAAGAACAGACCAGAGUCUAGUAAAAGAGAAAUUAACGAUUAAAAAGUCUAUUUACUUGUUUCAGAUCAACUUUUGCAUUAAAACAUUACCAAGAAAAAUUUAGGUAAUGAGUGUGUAAUGAUUAAUGAAAACAUUACCAAGUAAAGUUUAGAUAACGAGUGUGUAAUGAUAGCAAGAAGGUCUAGUGUGUUUGUGUACAUUAUACUCUGUAAGCGAAGAGCAUAUCGGCUCAUGGAGGCUUUAUCUACUUAGUUGUUAUAAGCGGGUUUACUUCUUCUGGAUAUUAGUAAGUCCUUCCCACACAGAGUGUAUUCAGGAUUUUCAAUAGUUUAACAACAGUAUAUGAAACUGCGUGCAUACAAGUACUGAUCAACUUAAGAUUGUCUUUUAUUAACAACGCAGUGUAUGUUGUAAGUAUAAUGUUGAAAUGAAUGUUAAAAACUGUUUCAGAUGAGCAAACAUGAUAUGUUAAGGUCAUAAAGUCAGCGUGUUCAGUAUAAAAAGAAAAAAAUAACAGGAAUAUGAAACGGAUUUUUCUUCCCGCUUCUUCAGUUUACAGGUUGUGUUCCUGCACAAGACACUCGCUUGUACAGCUUAAUUGAGAUGUGUGUGUGUGUGUUUAUUUGUGUGUGUGUGUGUGUGUGCUUCCUGUGUUUACAUCAUGACUUUUCCUACUUAAUGAGCUUUAAAAUUUAUCAGUGGAGCGGUCGCCGUAGGGGAAAAACUUUAUUUCCACUGCCAUCACAAUGUGGAGGCGACAUCUCAAAAACAUUGUGAGAACUGUGUUAACCUUCUCUGUUAUACUAAACAAAGCGUAUUCAGGCCACACUGUGCUCAGUGAUUGUCACGUGACAAUCAACGUUUCAGCUUGGUCUGUGCAUGGAUCCUGUUUAGUGUCCAGUACUUCUGAUCAGUAUGAAUGCUACUGGAUUCUGAUGCAGAACCGAGGACAGAAGGUUGUUCUGAAUACUUUUAGUAAUAAAACAAAUAGAGAUCAAAACACGGGGCUGAGUGGAUUCUGUUCAUUUAUUUUUUCUAUGCCGAAACAAGAAGGAGAAUACAGAUAUUUCAUUCUCACCAAACCAGAGCCUGCCAAUCCAUAUUCCUUUGAUAUGAUUAUAAACGGCACAGACGAAGGUGGCAUUGUAGAUUCUACUUUCUGGGUAGAAAAUGGUGUCGAGUUUGGCAGAUUUACGUGCAAUGCUUCCAGCUAUUUUCAAAAUGUCCUCUACAUCUGGACCGUCCCCUGCCAAAAGGAGUUGAUUCGAGACAAAACCAGUGAAUGCAGUACUUCAUUGACAGAUAGAAAGGAAGAGAUCACAUGUAUUGCAAUCAAUGCUUCUACGUCCAUGAAUGUUUUCCACGAAGGGUCGUCACAAUAUCCAAAAAAAGAAUUGCUGAGAUCGGUCCUAAUAGGUUGUACAGUGGGUAUGUUUGGAAUUAUGUCCCUUUCCGUUGCGAUCGCCAUUUACUUAAAGCGUCGAAAAGGUGCUGGCCACUGUCGCUCCACAGAAUACUCAACCGAAGAUACCAUCAGGAAUUCAACUUCAACAUCACCUAGAGUAAACAAUAUGUGUAACUUGACACAGGAAGAACAUCCUGGCUCUUCUCUUGACUUUUAUACAACUUCAGACAAUAGUACGAGAAGAAGCCAAGAAUGGGAUUCAGGACAAACUACACAUCUUAAACUAUCAACAAUGAUUAAAAAGCCAGUAGAAACGUCUGUCCUCAGGGAGGAAAGAGAGACCGCAGAGGAAUCUUUUAAUUUUGACAGCAGUUGUUCAAACAGUGAAUAUGAAAACAUCGCCACACAUAGCACUCCAAAGGCCACUGAUGCAGUCGACUUCAGACGACGAGAAUCUUCUAAGAAAUCACAGGAAGAAACCCGUCCACAGUCUGACAGUGAUGCUGCCUUGUACAACAGACUGAGCUUCUUUACUCACCGUCGUCCUCUCUCUGGACCCACACAGUCGGAUUCUCCGUAUAAUCACCUCGAUCAUCACUAAACUUUAUAUCCCUCCCACACCAUUUUCAUGGAUCAGUAACAAACUUUCAUUAGGUUAUUCAAUCUUGAGACAUUUUUUCAGCAAAUUGGGGGUUGUAAUCCUUCUCUGUUCCCGCUAAUUAUUGUAAUAAUUUAUACAGAAAGACCAGAGACUCAAGGACAGUAGCUACCUCUCCAGCUAAUAAACAAAUUAUAACAAUUUUUCUGCCCUCGCAUGUUUUUAAACAACUAUUGUUUGAAGUGCAUGGAUUCGUUUAAUAAUGGAUGAUAGUAAUGUGAACGUACUCUUUUGUACUAAACUCUUAGUAACGUUAAAGUAGAAGAAUAUAUUAAAACUGCAUUUUAAAGAAA